GGGAAGGCGAUGCAGCGGCUGGAAUGUCAUGUGAAGAAGUACAAAUGGGGAAAGCAGGGAAACGAGAGUGAGCUCUGGAUGGGUACACAUCCCGAUGGACCAGCCGUAUUGGCCAACUCAUCAACACGACUAUCGUCAUUUAUUGCUAAGAGCCACUCAGCUAGUUAUCUGAGUAACAACAAUUGGAAAGAAGAUAUUCAUCUUCCAUUCAUCAUGAAAGUCAUGUCGAUUGCCAGAUCAUUGAGUCUUCAGGCCCAUCCUACCAAGGAGCAGGCGGCUCGGCUGCACGAACGAGAUCCCAUUCACUAUCCAGAUCGGCAUCACAAACCUGAACUUGCCUAUGCCCUCACACAGUUUGAACUGUUAUGCGGCUUCAGGCCAGCGGAGCAAAUUCUUGCGAACAUUGAAGAAAUGAUGGAGAAAGCUCGCAAUCAUCCCGAUCUUGUCGGCGAAUAUCAUGAAACUUUAGGAAAAUACUCUUUUUUUCCAGAUCGAGGAUGCAUCACUGAAGGUACUGUGGAGGUGAUUCGAAAGAUGUAUGAGGAUUUUCCUGGAGAUAUAGGCAUUUUCUCACCGCUGAUUUUGAAUCACAUGGUUCUCAAACCUGGAGAAUGCUGUUACUAUGCAGCUGAAGAACUUCAUGCUUAUCUUAGCGGAGGUAGCGAUUCAGAAUGUCUUCUAGCUAUUGAAAUCAAAUCACGCCUUCUAGAAUGCGUUGAAUGUGUCGGCUGCUCAAAUAAUACUAUUCGAGCUGCUAUGACCCCUAAAUUCAUCGAUAGGGAUGCACUUUGUGAAGUGCUCAACUAUCGCAUGACGCCACCAGAAGACUAUCUCGUACCGGCGAAUCCUCUUCCAGAUUAUCCUGGAGUGGAAGAAUACUCACCCGAUUGCAAAGAUUUUCAACUACACAGAAUUCGGGUCUGUUUGAGACUAUCCGAAGAAUGGCAGGAUAGCAAUUCGUUCGAUAACCUAAAUAAGUACCUUUUCCAGGUGCAACCUACUGCCCAACAAGCAUCUCUUCCCGUACUAAACUGUGCUUCUAUUAUGGUUAUUGUGGACGGUUCAGCUGUCCUUGAGGAAGUUGAUGGGCCAAGCAGUAGCCGGUCAAAGGUGAGAAAAAUGAAUUAG